AUGAACAACAGAAGCAUCAACAACACUGAAAAUAACACAUCCGACGACCUAAAUGAUAUCAACAAGCGAAUUCUAAGCUGCUACAAAAUUCAAAAUGGUGAUUACGACUUAGAAAUAAAACGCCAUCUCAUUGCAUUACAGAAGGUGGGAGGAGGUGGCGGAUCUAGGGGAGCCGGUGCCCCCGUUGUCAGCAGCUUUUUUAAUAAAAACCAGAAAAAGGGGCUGUUUUAUGUGAACAUGGUAAGCGAAACAAAGCGAUACUAUGUGAACAAACAACAUCACAUUAAAAAUUCCUUCCAUAGGCCGAAAACUCCGUUUUAUCAUUCCAAUGCAAUCUGCUACCGUUAA